GUGCCCCUUGAUUCAAGUAGAUCUAAGCAUUACUUAUCUCUUUGAAAGAUAAUCAUAAUCAUGUCAUCAAAAAAAAGAUAAUCAUAAUCAUAUAUAAGAGAAAUCACGAUUACGUUAGGACUAGGAUGGAUUUUCUUGUCUCUUUGUUCAUUUAUAUUCAGACUUCCAAAGAAAGCUUAUACAGAACCAUGGAAGAUCAAAGCCAUCCAAUUCUGCCAAAACAGACCUCUAUCUCCAGCCAUGAAGGACUUGAGUUGCCGAGCUUUGGUUCGUGGCUGAAAUGGGUCUUUGUGGACCAGUCUAGUAUAUGGAGAACUGGUCUUUCAUGGUCAAUCUUCUUCGUCUUAGCCAUUGGCGUACCACUAGUCACUCACUUCCUUCUCUCCUGCUCGAGCUGUGAUGCGAACCAUAGCAGACCUUACCAUGUUGUUUCCCAGAUUUCGCUUUCCUUGUUCGCAAUGCUCUCCUUCAUUAGCCUCUCCUGCUGGACUCGUAAAUUUGGUCUGAAGAGGUUUCUCUUCCUUGACAAGUUAAGUGAUGCAAGUGAGAAAGUCCGUCAUGAAUAUAAGCAACAGUUCCAGAAUUCAAUGAAGCUCCUAUGCUUGAUUGUCUUCCCCUGUUUUGCUGCAGAGUGUGUGUACAAAAUCUGGUGGUAUGUCUCAGGGGCCACAGAACUACCAUACUAUGGUAACAUGUACUUGAGUGACACAAUAUUAUGCAUGUUGGAGCUGUGUUCAUGGCUUUAUAGGACCACAAUUUUCUUCCUGGUGUGUGUUCUGUUCCGGCUCAUUUGCCAUCUGCAAAUACUAAGACUAGAAAUUUACGCGCUAGUUUUUCAAAAGGAAACCGAGGUGGAGACAAUAAUGAUGGAACACAACAAGAUCAGAAGGACCUUUAGGAUUAUAAGCCACAGGUUUCGAGCGUUCAUCUUGAUCUCUCUGAUUAUGGUUACAGCUAGUCAGCUCGCGUUUCUUGUCAUGAUAACCAGGUCCAGUGCUCAUGUUAAUAUCUUCACGGCUGGAGAACUCGCUUUAUGUUCUAUAAGCCUUGUGACUAGUCUAUUCAUAUGUUUGCGGAGUGCAACCAAAGUAACACAUAAAGCACAGAAAGUUACUGGGCUUGCUGCAAAGUGGCAUGUCUGUGCCACAAUCCACUCUUUUGAUUACGCAGAAACUGAGACUCCGAUGGUGCCUCAGGUUUCCUCAGAUCAUCUAGUGUUUCCCUUCGGUGCUGAUUUGGAAUCAGAUGAUGAAGAAGGGGACGAAGAAGACGAUCUUGACAACACCAAGUUGGUGCCAAUUUUCACAAACACAAUCUCAUUCCAGAAGAGACAAGCUCUAGUGAAAUAUUUAGAGCAUAAUAGAGCAGGAAUUACAGUGUUUGGGUUCAUGGUGGACAGAACAUGGCUUCACUCUAUUUUUGGAAUUCAGCUGGCUCUUCUUCUCUGGAUGCUCAACAAGACAAUUAGUUAAUUCAAAUUAAUUAGAGGAGAGAGAUGGAUUUUUUUUUGUUUGUUAUAUGAUUGGCGAUAUUGUUUUUUCUUGAAUUAUGUAAGUGCACGCAUCAGAUUACAAGCAAGCGUCAAGAGACCAUCCCGAACAAUUUGAUCAGUUUGGCGAUAUUAGGAAAUGUGAAAUUUGAGCUUGGGAUCUCAAUUGAAUUCUAGUGUAUUACUAA